GGUACGCAGCGCUGGGUAGAGUUCUCACGACUGAGAGGCGUUGCGCCCCAGCUCCUGAAAAACACACAGAUACGGACUCGCGUUUGACAUUGACAGUCUGGGGAAGUUUAAAAUUGACCCUGGAUAUCCGUCAGCUCGUUAUGAUCAUCACAGAGAAAACUUUGACUUGAAGAAAAGUAAUCGCUGAGAAGAAGCUCGCUUAGAAUGGCGGUGUCUGACAUGGCUUCGUAGGUGCUGUUCUUGGCUGACGUCCACACCUUGUCGUAAGCCUGGAGACAAGCUGUUGGGAGAAUUCAGGACAGGGUGGACGGAAGAGACCGACAGACAGACCGACUGGGCAGAACUGUGGCAUCUGCUGAAUCCAUCGAGGCAGCUCUCACCAGGUGGUUCGUCCCUUUCUGCUGACCAAAGAGGAAGAGUGGAAGAGAGAAAGAAAGAGAGAGACGGAGAGAGAGAGAAAGAGAAAGAGAGAACAUCUUGCUGCCCACAGGGCUUGUGGGGAUGUUUUCCGCUGCUGCGUUCAGGCCUCUCAUUAGGCCACUGGUCCCAGUGCUGAGGAAUGGAUAGCCCUGCUGUCGGUCACCAUGGCUAAUGCUGGCAUUAUUACACCCAUUCUUCUGGUGUAUUGGUUUAAGACUCUUUGAAGUGUCUCUUUUUUCUGUUUCUUUUUGUUCCAGUUUGUCUUCGGAAGCAGCAGUGGGAUUUGGUAUAUCCACAUAUUAACAUAAAGCCUACUGAGAGAAGGGCAGCUCUGUCUAUUCUUGGACUAAUAACCUAAAUCCUAAAAGAUAUGCUUAUUUAUUCAUAGUCUUUCUUUGGUCACUGUAACAAUUUUUUUCGUAAAAGAUUUUGAGGAAGCUGCUUUUUUGUUUUUGAACGAUUUUCACAAAAAAAAGAUAUGGCAGCAACGUAUCGUGUUGUGGUGAGCAGCAUCAACUGCUACAACAGUGUGGUGAUCGACCGGCGACUGCAGCACACCGUGCACUACUGUAACGGGCCAUGCGGGGCGCUCAAACACGGACUGAGCUGCACCGUGGCCCACAGGAGCUCGUGCGCCGAACUCCUUGACGUCCCUCCGGCCAGCGCGCACAACAACCCGACGAUCCACGAGCCAAUCAGCAAGACACUGGAGAACGGAGGCUCCGCGCCAGGAGUCUACUGUGACGACUAUCACCAGACGUUCCCCGGUCGCCUGAAGAAGGGGUCGGGCAUGCAGAGCUCGGGCAGCCUCAAGGACAUCACGGGAGAGGCCAUCAACUUGGCCAGCGGCAAGAUGAAGGAGUUCUCCUUCGAGAAGAUCAAGUACUCCACCAGCCACGUCACCUUCCGCAAGGGCCGCAAAGUCAGGCCGGAUUCCUUCAGCAGAAGGUCGACUGACCUGGACAUCAUCUAUGGCCACUUCGCCGGUGGAGGUGGUGGCGGUGGCGUCGGCGGCGUCGGAAACGACGAGAACUGUCCCCCCUUCAGCCUGAUGCAGAAGUCAGUGAUGGAGGAGCAGAAGCUGAGCCGCAGCAACUCACUGGAACACAGCCUCAACACGAUGGCCUCGCUCUACCUGAGCAGCCUCACCGAGGAGAACCUGAUCGCCCGCAUCCUGGAGAAGACCAAGGCCGACAGCGGCGCCUCGGGCGAGGACAUCAAGGCCUGCCUGGACAUCCUGCUCAAGUGCUCCGAGGACCUGAAGAAGUGCACGGACAUCAUCAAGCAGUGCAUCCGCCGCAAGGCCACGGGCGACGGCGACAACGACACCAACCCGGACGCCAUCUACAAGAACGUGAUGUCGCGCCUGUCUGGCUACCUCAAGCGGCUGCCGCUGGAGCUGGAGCACGGGCGGCAGGAGCACAGCGACCUGGCCGAGCUGGUCAGCGCGCUGCACAGCCUGCAGCAGAGCACCUUCUCCCCCAUCUUUGGCAACGAGCAGCCGCCCCGGUACGAGGACGUGGUCCAUUCCCCACCGCCGUCCAAGCCGAGGGCCCCGAACGCGGUCGCGGUCGCGCCCGCCGCCCCGACCUCGGCCUCUUCUCAGACCGAGCGCCGCGACGUCUCCACUCAGGACUCCAUGGGAAAUGUGAAAGUCGCCAAACAGGUGUACGGAGGGGGGGCGCCGGCUCACUCGCCCAGCAACGGCGUGCACCAUCACGGUGUGCAGACCGUCCCCGCGAGCUCGCUGUCGUACGCCCGCCAUGACGCCCUCUCGUCGGUCAACUCUCUCCUCUCCUGCAGCACCGACAGCAUCUGUAAGGACACUAUGGAGGCGCUGUACAUAGAGGAGGAGGCCGACCUGGGCAGGGCGCCCGAGAGGGAGAGAGGGAUGAUGACCAGCGCCGCAGAGCUCAAGCAUUUCGCCAAGAAACCCAGCAGCAUCCCCGAGCUGCCGAGUGGCACUGGCAUGGCGUCGAAUAAGCUACCCGAGAUCAGCAGAAGUGGCGCAUCGUACAAACCAAAGGCCGAGUCCGGCGCCGGGCAGAUGUACGCCCCGGCCAAGACCGCAAGCGCUGAUCCCAGGACCUUUUCCAUGCCCACCGCUCACCAGUCCAGAGGCAGUAGCGAGGACAUUGACAAGCUGCUGAUGGACCUGGAGUGCCUCUCUCAGAACAUGCAGAAGGAGCCUCCGCUGCCACCUAAGAUGAAGAACCAGCACCUGAGACAAGCUGGGCAGCAGCAGCAUCAACAGCAGCAGCAUCAACAGCAGAAGCAGCAGCAGCAGCAGUCCAGUGGGACUCACACCUUCAGCAGUGCUUGCUCUGGAGCCAAUGGGCCAGUCUCCUCCAAAGCCCCAGGUGUCUCCGUGGCUCCACUGUCCAACGCCAGCGGCGGCCCUGAGGAGGGUGGGGAGGAGGACGACGGAGAACUCCUGCUCAGGAUCCUGGAGAGCAUCGAGAGCUUCGCCCAGGAGCUGGUGGAGAGCGGCGCAGUCACUGGCACCCAGUCCAAAGAAAAGGAAGUGAUGCGUCUCCUCCAGGACACACUGGCCACCACCGCUGCUGCCACUUCCCCUACCCCUGCUCUUGCCCCUACCCUUACCCCUGCUCCUUCCCCUGCUCUUGCCCCUACCCUUACUCCUGCUCCUGCCCCAGCCCUUGCCCCAGCCUCUGCCCCUGCCCCUGCCCCUGCCCCUGCCCCUGCCCCUACAUCUACCCCUACCCCUAAACCUACCCCUACCUCUACCCCUGCCCUUGCCCCUGCCCCUACACCUACCCCUGCCCCUGCCAGUGAUAAAGUAGACGCUGCAGCAUCACCAGAGCCUGCCGAACCCCCAGCGUCUCCUCCUAAAGCCCCAGGUCCAGUUCCAGUUCCCGUGCCUGCUCCCACUCCUGCUGUGGCUCCAGCUCCAGCUCCAGCUCCAGCUCCAGCUCCCGCUCCUCCGUCCGUUCCCAUGCCCACCACAUCAGCUGCUGCGCCCCCUGACCCUGUGACCUCUGCUCCUGACCCCGCGACCUCUGCCCCUGAGGUGACCGAGACAGGCUCCACACUGCUGAUCCAGCAGACUCCUGAAGUCAUCAGGGUACAGAAUAGCAAACCAGAGAAGAAGCCUGGCACUCCUCCUCCAGCUCCUGCCCAGGCCCCGUCCUCUCCAACCCCGCGUGCCCUCACGCCACCACCCCCUGCCAACAAAGUGGUCGUGGCCCCCCCUCCCAUCUCCAUAAACAUUCCACGCUUCUAUUUCCCCAAAGGCCUCCCCAACUGCUCUGCCAACUAUGACGAGGCCAUUGCCAAAGUCGAGAGCGCCUUCACGGAGUUCGAAGAGGAGAAAGCGGACAUUUACGAGAUGGGCAAGAUCGCUAAGGCCUGUGGCUGCCCUCUGUACUGGAAGGCGGCCAUGUUCAACGGCGCUGGAGGGGAGAGAACCGGCUUCGUCUCCGUCCACUCCUUCAUCGCCAUGUGGAGGAAGUUGCUGCACAACUGCCAUGAUGAUGCAUCAAAGUUUAUUCACUUGUUAGCCAAACCAGGCUGCAAUUACCUGGAGCAGGAGGACAUGAUCCCAUUACUACAGGAUAUAGUGGACACCCAUCCAGGGCUGACCUUCCUGAAAGAUGCGCCUGAGUUCCACUCUCGCUACAUCACAACAGUGAUCCAGCGGAUAUUCUAUACGGUGAACCGCUCCUGGACGGGGCGCAUCUCCAUGAUGGAGCUGAGGAGGAGUAAUUUCCUGCAGACCCUUGGCCUUCUGGAGGAGGAGGACGACAUAAACCAGAUCACAGACUACUUCUCCUAUGAACACUUUUACGUCAUCUACUGUAAAUUCUGGGAGCUGGACACUGACCAUGACCUCUUCAUUGACCCCAAGGACUUGGCCAGAUACAAUGACCACGCUUCGUCCAACAGGAUCAUUGAGCGGCUCUUCUCCGGAGCGGUCACAAGAGGGAACUCCGUGCAGAGGGAAGGGCGCAUGAGCUACGCAGAGUUCGUCUGGUUCCUCAUCUCAGAGGAAGACAAGAAGAAUGCAACCAGCAUCGAGUACUGGUUCCGCUGCAUGGACGUGGACGGGGACGGCGUGCUGUCCAUGUACGAGCUGGAGUACUUCUACGAGGAGCAGUGCGAGCGCAUGGAGGGCAUGGGCAUCGAGCCGCUACCCUUCCACGACCUCCUGUGCCAGAUGCUGGACCUGGUCAAGCCAGAGUGCCAAGGUAAAAUAACGUUACAUGACCUCAAGCGCUGCAGGAUGGCACACAUAUUCUUCGACACCUUCUUCAACCUGGAGAAGUAUCUCGACCACGAGCAGAGAGAUCCAUUUGCAGUGCAAAAGGAUCUGGACAGUGACAGCCCAGAGCCGUCUGACUGGGAUAAGUAUGCUGCGGAAGAGUACGAGAUCCUGGUGGCCGAGGAGACGGCCAACGAGCAGCUCCAAGAGGGGUCUUUCGAUGACGACUAUGAAUCUGAUGAGCUCACAGUUCCUUCAGAAAUUGGGAAUAAAAUGGACAAGCUGGUCAUAUCUGACCUCUCUGCAUAAGCUCUGGAGCGCUGUGGCCUGUCCUCACCUGCAGGAGGACAAAGAAGAAAUAUAUUCAGAGAAAGACAGAGAGGGAGGGGGCUAGUCAGUCCACAUCCUCUCUACUACUGAAAGGGAAAACUGCCUUUUUCUGCAUUUAAACAAUGAACUUUUAAGUACAUGUGUUUGUACAGCUGUCAGUCUGUGUGCGUGUGUGUAUCUGUGUGUGUGUGUGUGUGUGUGUGUGUGUGUGUGUGUGUGUGCGAGAGAGAAAGUACAGUAUGUGUGUGUAUGGGGGUUCAGGAGCGCUGAUGUCUAAACCAAAAGGCUUUCUGUUAUGUGCAAUAUGUCUUAACAUGUAAAGCGAAUCACAUUUUCCACUUCUGCAGUGAAAUGGUCAUUUUCUGAGCCCCCCCUCCCCAACCCCCCAAAACAAACUGCCAGCAGAUGUCGUCCAUCAUCCAUUUCAAGACCCAUUUUGUGGGAAAAGUGACCGUAAACUGGCCUUUGAAGUAUGAGGACAUCAGCUACCACGUGUUACAACGGAGCGAGAGGAAGGUGGACAUACUCUUGUGUGCUUUGUGUUGUGCCCAUUGUUGCUGCAAAGAAGCUCGACUCGACUCCCAAACUCUCUCUAAAUCGAUUUACGUAUUCUAUCAGUGUUUGGUGUCGAAUGGUGUAGCUUCCUGCUAUACUGAAAGACUGUGAUGGCACACAGAAACUGGCCUUUUAUUUUCUAUGUCAUGUUGGAAACCUUUCCUGUGAACUGUGAUAGUUUAUGAGGCGUUGCGCCUCCCUGUGGUCAAAUGUCAUACUGCACAGAAACAGCCCAUGGAUUAUAUUGGCAAUGGGGAAUAGUACUAGUCUGUGAGUUGUGGUGACUUACAAUGCUUAUGGGACACGGCCUGUGAAAAAUAACAGGCCUAAGCUCUAAACAUUUCCACAUGCAGUAGUAUGUCUGUGUCUAGCAUACAAUUUAGACUGUAGGCUGGGGGCUUAGUCCAGACAAUCUUGAAACAGUAUUUACUGUUUCAAACUCCCGCUCCAAGCAUUUGCAGAAGUUAAUAUUGCCGUCAACUAGGACUCCAUGUUCAGCCAAGAAUCCUUCUUAAAAUAUGAGAAAGGCUGGUCUUGUAGUCAAGGGGGCUCAGAGGACUUACAUUGCAAUAUUAAUUAAGUUUGUGUUCAAAACUGUCCUGCUGGAUAUAUGUAUAGCUUCAGAAUAUGACAGGGAUUCCUUCAGAAAUUGUAAAAUGACUGAAAUGUUAGGCUGAUUAUUAUUCUUUUUUUUUUUUUUGAUGAUGAUGAUGGCUGUGCCAUAUCUCACAUCAUUCACGUCCUGCACAGUCACAGACAGUCACGCAUCACAUCACAUCCCAUCACAUCGCCGCCAGCAUCACCAAGACAUCACUGUACCGUGACUAUUGAAGCGCAAUCAGGCUUCACAUCAAGUCAAAUCAAGUUUAUUUAUACAGCGCAUUUCAUAUGCAGAGGUCAUUCAAUGUGCUUUACAUCAACAAAAUGUUGCAUUGCGUUGCGUUGCGUUGCAUUGUGCUGCGUGUCAGUGGCAGUGGUCCCCCAGAUGCCAUGCUGAAGAGGGCCGAUCAGGCAGCUGGGGACUCCAGGCUGCCAACAGGAUCUGAUGGCUGACGUGUCCCCCAACAUCACCAGAGGCUCCACCCCAUCCCUGCUCUCCGCUUCUCUGUGGAUGGUCGAUGUGGCUCCUCCAGUCCUCCAGCACUCAAAGACAGCCAGCACCCUCUCUCAGUGCUGCUCCCAGUGGACAGUUUCAGUGUGCACACUUGUGUGUUUCUGUAAUUAGUGUAAUAUAUUUAUAUAUGCUAAAAGUGCAUAGUUCUGCAAGCCAUUGUCAUGUGUGACAGCUAGCUGCCUGUGUACUGUAGUUGAAUUAUUUUUCUGACCUUAUAGUAGGACAUUUAUUUUAUAUAGCCUCUGUAAAUGUCUGUUUUACUUGUUUUGUCUUUCCCAUGUGAUCAACUCAGCCACUGAGUGGCAAAGCAAUUUUAAAUUAUGAUAUGUCUGUGAUUGCCAGUGUUAUCUUAUGUGCAGUACGCUGAAUCUGUGUGUAAUUUUGUUAUUUUAUUUUUGAGGGAAUUUUGUAUAAAUUCAUUACAAGAUGACAAUCAACUGGAUACUAUUUUAUCUGUGUUUGUAGCUCUCCUUCAUAGUCUGCAGGUCUAUCUGAGCAAUACAAACUGCUGUAUCAAUCAGGCCAAUUAGUACACAACUGAGAAACACUGCCAAAAUCAAAACUUGAAAUUGAACUUGGAACCCAUGGUCACAUUCAUUAUUCUAUGCAAAAUUACACCCUCUGUAUAAAGACCUCGCAGCUACGGAAUCUGUUUUGAGAAACUCUCGAGUGUUAUCCUUUCUCUUUUUGAUUUAUUUUUUAUCUUUUCCACGUUUUCCUUUAUCUCUUUGUAUGCCUUGCUUGCCUAUGGUGAGGAGUGGUGGGUAGCUGCAUUUCCUGAAGUGCUCUAAUCGAUCCGUUCUUGUAUUAGCAUGACUUUAUUUCUCUAUCUCUCUCUAUCCUUCCCUUCUACCCUCCUUCAUCCUUUGUUUUAUUUUCUUUGUGCCUUUUUGGAAAUUAUUAAAUUAAAUAAAGAUAUGUAAGAACUA